GAAAAGAAGAAUAGUGUAAAGUUUUUUGCGGCAUGUGACCCCCGGUCCUCUAGGUGGCGGUAGUGUCCUGCCGUCAGACUAAAAGGGGCAGAUUGUCACCGGAACUUCUCUAAAGAAAUCCACCGGUGAAACAGGACGACUUCCUGUUAAAGAUGGGGCGUCAUUUUGGAGACUUGGCCAAGGUGCGGCAUGUGAUCACCUACAGUCUGUCCCCCUUUGAGCAGCGGGCUUUUCCCAACUACUUCUCCAAGGGUCUUCCUAAUGUUUGGAGAAGGUUCACAUCUUCUUUCUUCAAAGUUGCCCCUCCCAUGAUCGCCAUGUAUUUGACCUACAGCUGGGGCAACAGUGUUCAUCAGCAGAGCAAGAAGAAGAAUCCUGCUGACUAUGCGAACGAUGAAUAAAUUGUUGGCACCUCUCUCACCAAGCUUCUGUAAUUUCAAAUUCUGUAAUCAAUAAACCUGAAAAAUAUUUAUGAGAAAUCAGA